CGGCAUAUCGUAUCACAACUUUGUUUCAAUUCGACUACCAAGUAUUCUGCUCAAUCCAAAUCGUUCAAGAUGGCAAAAUUCGCGAUUACUUUGUGCCUCCUGGUCGCUGUUACGGGUAUCCAAGGCACAGAUCUGUCCAGUAUGUUGGAGUCGGGGGCGUCAACUGCAACAUCAGCGAAUACGACAUUGACUACGUUGUAUACCUCAAUUAUGUCGGAUGUUGACAGCGUGUCUGCAACCGAUACCACGAGUACUAUUUCAUCUGCUCUUGCUGAGGUGGUGAGCACGUCAGCAUCAAGCCUCACUAAUGAUGCUUACGCGAACUGUUUGGAGAUGACGGCUGCGUAUAUUAAUGGUUUGGACGUAAUUGAAUCAUACUCUGCAAAUGACACCUCGACGGCUGCAACCAACUGCGGUAUCAGCUACGCAAAUUCUACCACAACUGAUUUCAACACUGCAGUAACCUACUUCACUACUUUCUUCGAAACCAUGCAGGAAAUGACACAAACCGCGCUCUCAUGCAGUACCAAUGCGUGUAUGGCUGCGGUGGGUACUAACAUUACGGGGAAUACUGCCAGCAGCUUUUCGGCUGCGAUGGACGCGGCGGACGAUCUUAUAGAUAUCUGUGACGAUUUAUCAUCACAAUUGGAAACAUGUACAGCUGAUGAUUCCUAAGACACAACGGAGUAAAUAAAAUGUGCAGAGGCAUUGCGUGCCUAGUAGUUCAUAAACUUCUUCACGAGUCGUACAAUAAAUGACGUUACGACAUCCAACGUACUAUACAUGUAUUAAAUUCGUAUAAUAAAACACAAUAUCAUUGCAA